AUGACUCUUGCUUUGAGAUCUGAGGAGGCAUUGGACAAGUUUGUUGCUGAGUUCCCUACUCACUUCAAACUCAGGGACUUGGGACCAACCAAAUUCUUACUGGGUGUAGAGAUUGGACGCAACAGGGCAGAGAGACAAUUGACCCUGUGUCAGCAUCAGUACAUUGUCAACAAGUUGGAGGAAUAUGGAAUGGCUAGUUGCACAUCUGUUGGUACACCCAUGGUCCCUGGUCUGAAGUUGUCAAAGGAAGGCUGUCCAACAACUCCAGAGGAAAAGGCAGAGAUGGAAAACAUCCCUUACAUUAGUGCUGUUGGAUCCCUCAUGUAUCUGGCUACAAUGACCCAGCCUGAUAUUGCUUAUACAGUGGGAGUACUGGCAAGGUUCAAUUCCAACCCCGGAAAACUGCAUUGGCAAGCUGUCAAGCAUUUGUUCCGAUAUCUGAAAGGCACCUUGGAUAUGAAACUGGUUUAUGGCCCUGACCCUGCAUUGGGGAAGAAAUUGUUUUGGACAUACAGUGAUGCAGAUUUUGGAGGGGAUAAGGAUAGAGGGAAGUCAACAACUGGGUAUAUGGUGAAAUUGGGAAGGGGAGCAGUGUGUUGGAGCAGCAAACUUCAGUCAAUUGUGACCACAUCAACCACAGAGGCAGAAUAUGUUGCAGGACUGGCAGCAGGCAAGGAGAUAUGUUGGGUGCAGAACAUCUUGACUGAAUUGGGCUACCAUCCUGCUAAGCCUUCAAAACUCUACAUUGAUAACCAGUCAGCAUUGUCUGUGACCAAGAAUCCAGAGCAUCAUGGAAGAAUGAAGCACUUGGAUAUCUCAUUCUAUUGGUUAUGA